GCCUUGCUCUCUUUUAGUUAAGCACAGUUAAAAGCAUCAUCACUAGAUCGCUUGAAAAAUGAUUCUUUAAUGUGCGAUAUAAUGAUUUUUCUCCUUUUGGGGGUCGUUUUUAAGAAAAUGCUUUUGUGAUGUAAUCCAUGUAAUGGUAAUCCAUGUAAACAUGUCCCCUGAGUUGCAGGAUAUUUUAUAAAUUCAGAAAAGUUUGCCUUUUACCUGUCUUCUCACAAGGACAUUAAAGUCUGUCUUUGAGAUUCUUUAUACGCAUUUUGAUAAUGGAAAGUCUUGAUUAUUAUCCCCCUUUCCUUAUCUCUGAACCCACAGUUGGAGUAAUGAGAAUCAGGAUACUAGUACUGCAAAGACUUUAUGGAAACUAGUGAGCAAAUCUGGCUUUUUCAAACGACGCCUGUGUUCUAGGUUUUAUUUUACUUUUUUUUUGGCGGGGGGGGGGCGUCAUUGGCACACAACAUGAUAUUAGUUCCAGGUAUGCGACAUACUGUUUGGACAUUUACGAUGCCUGCAUUAUAGAUUUGAAGCGCCUUUACGUAUUGCCGAGGCAACAUUUACCUAUAUUGAAUUGUAUAUAUGAAAACCAAAUAAUUGUCGGCAUGAAAUUUCAACGAAUAUCUAUGUUCUACACAGGUGGCAUUAAACAGGCUCUUCUUGCAAAAAGAAUAAUGUUUGAAGCAAAUGCGAAAGCUUCUCUGAAAAGCACUAACGAGAAAAUCGAGCAAGGUUGGAAAAUACAAAAACAAAGGCAGAAUCUUCAUUUCAAAUACUCUCAGCAGUUUCUGACUCUCUUUCAGAAGUGGGAUACCGACAUGAGGAAAUCCCAGGAACAGGAAGCAAAACUAGCUGGUAUGUUUCAAGAGCAACAAAAGAUUCUGCAACAAGCUAGAAUUGUUCAGAACCAGAGGCUGGAAAAAUUAAGAAACGUAUACAAAGAAUUCUUAAAGAGUUCGCAGGCCUUGGACAAGGACCAUGAACAUCUUCUUACUGAUGAACAAAGUGAAGUCAGAGAAGAAAUCGCCAAGAUGCAAAACAAAAUUAUGAGGGAAGCUGCUGCGUGCUCCAGCCUACAGCAGUGUCACAUACCGUCUGCAGUGGUAGAGAUGCAGUGUCACUGUAUGAUGCUGACCUUCUGCUCUAUCCCUGAGGGCGCCAGUGUCCUGCCCCCUGGACUCACAGAGGACUACAGAUCCUCCUGGCAAUAA